AUGCCAAAUAAUCCAGGAAAAAAAAGUUUAAUCUCUUAUAUAAACAAGGUGAGGACAAACAUCUGGGCAUUUUUCAUUUUGAUUCUAUUGUUCGCCUUCACGCAUGGCGUUCAAGGAAGCAUGAUAACCGGGGUGCUGACCACUGUUGAGAAGAGAUUCAACCUUCCAAGUUCCCUCUCCGGCAUCCUAAUUGCAGUGGCCACCCUAGGAUACAUAUCAGGUGUACUCAUCAAUUCAAUAUUUCUCGUCAACAAAAGUCACGUUCGAGUAUUUGCGGUUUUUAUGACGAUGACCGCACUGGCAGCAUUGAUCUACGUCGUUCCUCACUUCUUGUUUUACAAUGACAUGGAACCUCAAAAAGUUGGGCCGACUGCCAACAAACAAAAAUUUCCAAAUUAUACAAAUAAAACGAACGUUGGAAGAACAAAUAAGGUGGCACUUUCAAUGUUUUGUGUGGCGGAAAUUAUUCAAGGAGUGUCGGGCUCAUCGGUUUGGACGAUCGGCCUGACUUUCAUUGAUAAAAACACAUCCAUUGCUCUGGGCUCCAAAUUAUUCGGUGCAAUAUUUCUCUUGCGAUGUUUUUCGCCAGUCUUAUCAUUCGCCCUUGGAAGCAGUUUUCUUACAUUUCCUGUAGAUUUGCAAUCAACUUCUUGGUCGCCAGAGCAUCCGCGUUGGAUAGGCGCUUGGUGGUUGGGCUACGUGGUCUGCUUCAUAGCUAACACUUUGAUUGCAAUUCCUACAUACUUUCUACCCGACACCUUCAUUAACGCGAUAACUUCUGAGGAAAGAAGCAAGAGCCAAAAAAGUUCUUUGAUUUCGAAAAUAAGCGAGACAUUCAACGAUUACAUCGACAAACCGGUUAAAGAAAAAAUGUCAUCAGUGAAACGAAUUGUUUGCAACCCCAUGUACACGAUAUUUUCACUUGGAGUUUGUUUUGACUGCUACAUAUUGGCUUAUUUCACAUUUCUUCCAAAGUACAUUGAAGUUAAUUUUCGACUUUCCGCAACAACAGCACCUACAUUUGGAGUGUUUGCUAUUCUUCACAAACUCUCAACCAUAUGUCUUUGCACCAGAUGUCUUUGUAAGCCAUCUGGUGCAACUAUAGUUUCAGAGUUUGUAGAGAGAGGAAUGAUACCAGUCCUCUGCGCCGGCCUGUCUUCGUAUUUGGGCGGAGUGUGCAGCGGCAAGUUCGAGCAGUCGCACGACAAAGGUGUCAGCAGGAACAUGACCUUCGUGUGCGCCAUUGCCAUUGUUAACUUAUUCGUUCUUGCUUCUCUAAUGAAUCUUCGAUGCUCCGAUGAGUUUUAUUCUGCAACUUGGAGCAUUGAAAAACAAGACGAAAAUGACUUGCAAACCGAGAUGCAGCGAGAUGAUUGUAACUGCCGACCAAACAGUUUCGAUCCUGUUUGUGGACCGAACAAGUCUCUUCACAUUGACAAGUGUUACGUCGAGUGCGUGGACUGGCAUAAAGAUUCUAACAAGUCAAGACCGUGCUUCCUGGAAGACGACUUGAGGACUGAAGGCUACUGCGCAUUCAGCUGCACAACUAUUUUGGGCUUUCUUGUUUUCGGCAUCGUCAUCAUGAGUUUCCUAAACAGCAUAUACACUGUAGCAAUAACCAAUGUUGUUUUGAAGAGUGUGUCGAAAAAAGAUAAACCUCUAGCGCUUGUGGUUCCUACCCCAGUCUUGUACGGAAAGUUAAUUGAUUGGACAUGCAUUCUAUGGAUCAAAUCAUGCGAUGGAACGUAUGGAUCUUGUCUCGUCUACGAUAACAACAAAUUUCGAUACGUUUUGCAUGGAAACACGCUCGUAUGGAAGAUUUUGGCGGUUUGCAGUUACAUUGUAGCUUUCACUUUGGCCAAAAAACGACUUAAAAAGUUGGAAAGUACUCCUGAGGAGAAGGAAGAAAAAAUCGUGCAAGAGUUGUUUAGGAAAGUCACAGCAUUUCCUGAAUGUGUGUAUGGGUUUUGUGGCCGAGUGGUUAGCGUGUCCAUCUACUACUCCCACGACCCGAGUUCGAAUCCUGCAGCUUCUGCGGGUUCAUCCGAGUAG